AUGGCGGUUUCCAAGUUGCACUGCGACCUCAUGCGCAAGGUCGGGCACUAUGUGCAGGCGCAGUGGGAGGAACAUGGCAGGUUCAUCGCGGGGAAUACUGGGUACGAAGCGGCCCACUACCAGUCGGUCAAGAGCAGCCACCCCGCGUUCCCGAUCUUCAUGUACUCCUUGGGCAUCAUUCCAGCAUUGAGCAACGGGGCCCAGGUGAACCUCUGGGGCACGCCAGACCCCUUGUGCCUGGCCCUGCUCAACGUGAACCACUCGCAGAGCCGGAAGAGCCGCCUCACGAACUUGGCCGAGGACUGCAUCGGGUACGCCGACAAGCAAUGCAUGAAGCGCAACCGGCUGGUGUUCGAGGCCAAGGCGGUCUUCCUGAAGGACCUCGAGAAAGCCAAGAAGCGGAGGGCUGGCGGCGAUGGCGCGGCCGUGCAAGACGCCGACACCCUGCCUGCCCAGGGCGCCGCAGAUGAGCCGACCGAGCCAUCCUAUCCUUCAUUUCCUGGCAUCUGGUCCCUCGCAUUCCUGGGCGGGACGAUCGAGCGCGUGCGGGAACGCUGCGCAGGUGACUACAGGCUCGUCCGCCAGACGAAGAUCGUCCAGAAGCUCCCCGCCCUGUCGCCCGAGUGGGUCAACCGCGAGCUCAGCGACCUUGACGAGGCCGAGAAGGCACUGGCCACUUCCCCUGGGAUGCAGGGGCGCAUUUGGUUCGGACAGGCGUUGGUCUACGACGAAGUGUAUCAAUUCCUCCAGGACUUGAGCAUUCUCGAUAAGCCCAACGAGAAAAAGGCGUCCGAGGGGCCAGGCUCGGGACAAACCCCACUGGCUGGGCGGUUUAACCGCCUGGCCCAGUGCGGGAAGAGCGAUCACGAGACAAAGAGCAAUGGUGCCCACGGCGGACGUGAUUGCCUCCCAGUCUCGACAACCAUUCUCGGGAACUUUCAUCCAACCCCAGCGAUCGAGAUGUUGAGGGGCGAUCGUGGGGAUCACGGGUGUCAGGCAAAGGCGCGGCUCCUCGUCUGCACGGGCCUCCCCGUGCAGCCGCACGAGCAGUACGAGGAGAUCGAGGGCUUGCCUUCUCGGAGCAACUGGGUGCCAGUGCCCAAGACCAUCUGGGGGUCCAUCGGCUGCGGGAAGGCGUUCAUCAGCGCGACGGCGUUCAGGUCGCACUUCAUGCCCGACGACGAGGGCGAGGACGAGGACGAGGGCGAGGAGGUGGACAUUCCCGAGUACGUCCCGUCUGUCCACGGAGUGACGCACACUCUCCCCGACGGCGUCGACGUGCCCGUGCGCAUGAAGUACGAGCAGGGCGUCUACGUUCCGCAGUGGAACCUCCCGAAGCGGGACAUCGAAAUUCCAGACCGCCUCAACCUCGGCAAGCGGGCGGAGGUCCUCGUUGAACACUGCUCUCAGAAGGGCCCGCGCUGCACCCUGGAGCUCUCGGACAAAGCCCGCGGCGCCUUCUUGAGCUACUCCACUUAUUACAACAUGCUCGUCAAGAAGGCCCGCGAUGAGAACGAUGCCGACAAGGGUGCGGAGCACGGGAUCGGGCCUUGGAAGUUAGGCAUGCUCGCCUCGGGCCUUUUCCUCGCGGACGUGAUGUGGGGGCAAGUCCCGCAGGUGCACCGCGAGCUCCCGUGGGUCAUCGAGGACGAACACUUCGAACGGGCCUUCAGGCUGUCUGGCAGCCUGGACGGCAUUCGGGCGUCGCAGAAAGUGCCGCUGGCCAGCGGGGGGGGAGGGGGGCAGAGGAGCACCAGGGGGGCCCGCGGCGUCCAGGGCGCCCCCCUGUGGGGCCCGACGGGGCCCAAGUGGCCCCAGAAUGGCGCAAAAAGCUUUGGCAUUUCCUGCCAGUGGCUCAUUCGGCACCCCCGAGGCAUUCGCGACGCCUUCAGGGAGGACAUGAGCAUCCUGGACCCCGUGGUUCCCCCAACGGAGCUGCAGGCGGCCGACCUCGAAGACGCGGUGUUCAGGGCUGGCGACAAGGACGUCGACGGCAUCACCGCGGUCGCAAACGUGAAGACGACAGAGAUCGCGCGCCGCAUGCUCCUGAAGCCCGUCAAAACAGGGGAAGAGGGAACAUCGCCAUACAGGACGAAGACGCACCAAGUGUUCGGUUUGUUCACCGGCAAGGAGCAGAGGGAGAGGCAGAUCCCCAAGAUCGGCGUCGCAGUGUUCCGCGAGAUCGCAAGGUCAUGCCCGAGCGUGCUGGGCAAGUGGGAUGACGAGGAAGACGCCCUCGAGGUCUAUCUCGUGGAGGAGCCGAGCCAGGACUACCGCGAGACGCUGCGCAAGUUUGCGAACAUGGAGGCGGAGGUGUUGUCCGAGAAGAUCAGCAAGAGCGGCCUUGACCCGAGGGGCUCUCGCAGGCGGAGCCGUGAGGGGCGCGGGGGCGCCCGCGGGCUCGGGCGAGCCAUGGGGCUCCAGCGCGCUGCGCGGCGGCCAGCAGCCGCGCCUGCGACGCGGGCGCGCUGCGUGGUCAAGAAACCAGCCGGCAAGAGCGCCGCCAGGAAGCCCGCUGGCGCGGCCGCGCGGGCGACCAAGAUGCCGCCCAUGAGGAAGGUGAGCGUGAAGAAGGCCAGGCACGGAGACAUCGUCGCGCUCAUGAAGGAGGAGGCGACGGAGUGGCUUCGCAAGCUCACAGACGGUGAUGUGGGGGAGGGCGAGGACGGAUUGGAGUGCCCAUUCUGCGGCCUAGCGGUCACUCGCAUGAGGUGCGCGCGUGACCACGCGAGGCUCCACGUGUCUGGGAAGUUGUGCCUGUCCGCAACGAUGGAGGACGACGAGACGUGGGUGACGCAUCCCAAGAUCGCGGCCAUCAUCCGCGCCUUGCACGACCACGACGUGCUGACGGGUGGAUCCGCGCUCGGUAACUACGCUUCUCGGGCGAAGAAGUUGAUUUGCGAAUGGGUCGGCUUUUCCGCGCAGCGCGGUGCGCGGGCGUCGAUCUACACCGUCAUGGGCAACCGCGACGUCAACGUGUCGCUUGUGUUCACUGCCGACGGCCCCGCAUUCUGGGCACUCGGCGACCCGCGGUUGGAGGAUUGCAGGCGCCUGGAGAACCAUUACUACACGCAGGGGUUCGCGAACGCGUACGCGAGGAAGCUGCUGGACGCAGGCGGCGUAUGCCACGUGGCUUUUCGAGCACUCUCCUCAGCGUGGCUGGAGAAAGGUUGCCAGGUCACGCAGCUGGCCAACCGACACUCGUCGACUAUGACGGCGCUUGCGUGUGACGUGAUGGAGUCUCUCGCGAUGAAGAACUUCGUCGGCCAGCUGAAGUCGAGCCUCGCGCCGCUGGGCGGCUUCCGGUCGCUGUCGCUCGACGCCACGUACAAAAUCGCAUAUAAAGUGGUUGGGCGCAGUAGCUUGGAUAAGCACAACGUGAUCACAGUGCUCGGGUUUCACGGGGAGGUCUUGGCGCUGGCGCCGUCAUGCGCGGAGAGGCCGGAUUCGUUCGGCGGCGCUGCCGAUCAGGCAGUCCCAAUGGCCUACAGGAGCAAGGUCGAGCACGUGGCGCUGGACGUGACCAACCAGAAAGUCUUGCUUGAGAUGCGUGGGAUGUUCCCGAAUGUGAUCGGCAUCAGCUUGACGCAUGUGCUCAGGGCCAUCAUGGGCAAGUUCUCGGUGCGGGACACGACCAGGCGGCAUGAGGUCAUGUUCGACGGCACCAACCCGCCGCAGCAGACGGCCGCCGAGCGCACGCGCGUCCAGCACAUCGUGGACGGGGACAUCAGUCUAGCAAGGGCCACUAAGACGCUGAAGGAGAUGGACCCGAGCCGCCCCAUGAAGACGCGGGCUGAGUUCUGCGGGCUCCUCGCGGCGCUCGUCGUCGUAUACCCAGAGCGCCUCGACGCGAGGUACAGCAAGACGACGCUGCGGGAGCAGUUCAUCGCGGCUUGCCAGCCGAACCGCUGCGAGUGGCUGUUCAACAAUUUGCGCUACAGGGCGCGGCUGACUCCCAGCGAGACCGCGCUGCUCGGCACGGGCACCACGCGCAACGAGCAGGUGCAUUCGUGCUUGAAGGCGUGCUUCCACGACGUGAUCACUGUCAGCGAGAGAGUGUUCGCCGCCGAGCUGAGCACGUGGGGCGCUGCUGAGCUGGCCAUGGCGCAGCGCGCCUUAUCGACCCGCACGACGGCGCGAGUGCGGCAUGCGGACAUGCGCCCAUUCACGGCAAUGUCCGCGACAAUUUUCGGGGGCACCGAGUGGGGCGCCCACUUGGCCGCCCCGCAGACUUGCAUUGCAUGCGAGGCGGCGCCGCCAGUGCCCGCGCGGCGCCGCCAGGGGCCGUCCUCGCAGCAGGCGGCAGUGUACCAGCACAUCAAGGCUACUGCUGGCGCAGGGGAGCGGAUGUCGGUCUUCGACCUCUCAACGAAGAAGAGGCGCACGUAG